ACACUCAGAGUCCCAAAACGCAUGCCACUCUAUACACUGUGAAUGGACCAUCAACCUCCACCGUGCCCCGCCGCCGCCUCCGCAACGGACAACCCUCGUGGCGGAACGCGCCACCCCAUGUACCGCGGCGUCCGCAAGCGCCGGUGGGGCAAAUGGGUCUCCGAAAUCCGGGAGCCACGGAAGAAGAACCGCAUAUGGUUGGGGUCGUUUCCGGUGCCGGAGAUGGCGGCACGAGCAUACGACGUCGCAGCCUACUGCCUCAAAGGCCGGAAGGCGCAGCUCAACUUUCCCGACGACGUCGACUCCCUGCCGCUUCCGUCGUCCCGCACGGCAAGAGACAUUCAGACCGCCGCGGCCCAGGCGGCGCGUAUGAUGAAAGCUUCCGGCAAUGAUGAGAAAAGCGGCAUUGCCUCCGACGACGGCGAUAGCGGUUGCGAUGAUUUUUGGGGCGAGAUUGAGUUGCCAGAGCUGAUGGACGGCGAGUGCUGCUGGGGUUGUCCGGCCGGCGCUUCCUCCUGGACUUCCUCCGGCGAUCUCGCCGAGUGGCCGGAGGAGGAGCUUUCGCCGCAGCAACCGUCGUUUAUGGCAUGUCUAUAAUCUACUGUAUCUCUGUAUUAAUGCUGCAUGUUCAGUUGUUGUUGGUAUGUUUCUUGUAUUAUAUAUCCUAUUCCUAAUGUUAUAUCCUAUGUGCCAACUGUUCCUGUUGUCAUAAAUAAUAUUAAUAGUUAUUAUCAGUAGUCAUAUUUUCAUCGAAA